ACUCGAACACUUAUAGAGAGAGAGAGAGAGAGAGAGAGUUUUCCUCCUUUAGGUGAGUCAAAGCUGAAAGAGGAAGCAGGAUGUCAUGACGGAGGGCUGGUGCUAUGGCUCUAUGUCUGUCGUUGCCCCGCGUAAGGGCCACUACUGUCACCGAGGAUUGUGGGAAAUGACCCCCGAUGUGUUGCUGUUGAUUCUGGCACUGACUGCCUGCCUGACUGAGCCUGUUCGCAGCGAGGAGGACGAUGGAUCUGGAGUUCAAGAAAAAGAAGCGCAAGUCGCUAAACAAAUGACAUCAAUGACUACGAUAAUACACACUUCGGAAGUGAUCAGUGUCUCGGACAACCCUAUUACAGUUUCUACCCAGGACGCAGAGGUUUCCGGCCUUGCUGAAACACUCGCGCAGGUUACUUCAGAGAAAAAUUCCACAGAAAUUUCCAACGAAACACAUACAAAAGCACGCAACGUGACCACAGAAGUGAAGCACGAUAAGGGACGCAAACUUCCUACCAAUGACACUGCAGGAGAUGAGGAAGAUCAUCAGGAGGAGGACGAAAACAUGGGCAGCAGCCCCGAACCAGAGAAAACAGAUGAUCAGGAGACGUAUAUCAUUGUGGCAGCGAGUGUGACCCUCGCUGUGCUCCUGGCAGCUGCUGUAGUCGGAUUACUGUUCUUAUGCAGGAGGAGGAGAAAAAACACACCUGGUGAGGUGGAGCUCGGUAUGGAUGAGAACCUCUUUACAGGCCUAACAACACAUGCUAAUGAAGGCGUCAUCUGUGGCUACGCUCUCAGAUCUGAGAGCUCAUCUGCAUGUGGCCGGACCCCAGGAGGACUGUUUAACAUCCGGACCUCAUUUCCACAACCCCCCUCCCCCAUGUCACAGAAGCCCCUUCAGGAAGUGGAAGCAAGAGAAAGGCCAACUCGCGCUCAGCUGGACAUCUUCAGUGACCUUGUUCUUGCUGAAUGCCGCCUGGAGGCGCAGACCGAGUCGCUCCAUCACUGGAACCAUGUGUCCCUGCGUCCUGAGGACAGGUUUACAGAGGUAGUAGCUCUGUAA